GCUGAUUUGGAAGAGGCUGCCAACGAGGCCAGGCAGGCUGACGAACGCGCCAAGAAGGCGAUGGCGGACAGUGCUCGCGUCUUCGAGGAAGUUCGCCAGGAGCAGGAACACACCCAGGCUGUGGAAAGAGCCCGCAAACAACUGGAGAUGCAGCUGAAGGAGAUGCAGGUGCGUCUGGAGGAGAGCGAAGCCAACGCCAUGAAGGGUGGCAAAAAGGCGCUGGCCAAACUGGAACAGCGUGUGCGUGAGCUGGAAGGCGAAGUCGAGGCGGAGCAGCGCCGACAUGGAGAGACGCAGAAGAACUACCGUAAGGUGGACCGCCGUCUCAAGGAGAUUACUAUGCAGUCCGAAGAGGACAAGAAGAACUACGAUCGCAUGCAGGAGCUGGUGGAUCAACUCCAGGGUAAGAUUAAGACCUACAAGAGGCAGGUGGAGGAGGCUGAGGAGAUUGCCGCGGUCAACCUCGCCAAAUACCGUAAGAUCCAACAGGAAGUUGAGGACGCUGAGGAGCGUGCCGAUCAGGCCGAACAGGCUCUGCAGAAGCUGAGGGCCAAGAACCGUUCCUCCGUGUCGACUACUCGAGGAGUCAGCAUGACUCCCGGGGCUGCGAUGAAUAACGCGUCACGGGCUCGCAAACUCAUGUCCAGCGUGGCACCCGAUGAGGAAUAA